AUAAUAACAUGGAUGAGGUAUAUGGUGAGGUUUCUGGGGAAAACAGUUCUGAUGAUUAUGAGCAAGAACAGCUUGAAAUAGCUUUAUAUUCCAAAAUACAUUUUGAGCAAAAUAGUGAAAAUCCUUCCUUGAAUAAAGAACAUGACAUUUUUUACUGUGAAGAUGAUACGGUUGAAAAGGACUUUAUUUUUACUGUUCAAGGCAAUGAAAAGAAAGGAUUUGUUGCCAGUGAAUGUAAUGCAGAUAUUAUUUUAAACGAAGCUCUUGAAGAAAAGUAUAGCCAUGUAAACUUUAAAAAUGAUGUUGCUAAAAGAAAGAAUAAUAAAGCAGUUAAUGGCAAUUCAAAAGAUGGUAAUUCCAAUGGUAGCUCCUUUUCAAAACAAAGUCAUAAACAAUCUCUUAGCAAUUCUACCUCAAGUAACAAGGGGACAAAAAAGUCAGCAAAAACUUUGCCACAAAACAAAUCUGGAAGAGAUAGAAAAACACUUACAGCGGAAAAGUUAAUUCUUGAAACCAAUUCUGACGUUGAUGAGGAAAAAGACAUGAUUGUAGUCAGUGAGGAUGAGGAUAAAGAGGAUGUUGUUGAGACGAUAUAUUUAUCUGACAGUCAAAGUAGUGAUAUGGUUUUAUCAGGCAGUGAAGCAGACAGUUUAGAUAUUGUUUUAGGUGAACCUGAAGAGAGACUGGAUGAUAUACAAACAAACGUCAGGUCAAGUCCAAGGUCAAACAUGAGGUAUACAUAUAGAAAGCUAUCACAUGAAGAUGCUAUUCCUGAUAAAGAAGAGAAAAAUAAUGAUGAUGAGAGUCACUGGGCAAUAUGUAGAGAAGAUAGCUAUAGAGAUCUUAUAUCGGCUACAAAGGGACGUGGAAGAUAUUACAAACCUAUAAAAUGCCACAAUUGUGAUAAAGAGGGACAUCUUUCCAAGAACUGCCCACAGCCAAAGAAAGUGACAGUUUGUAUAAUGUGUUCGGAACCGGGACAUAUGAGCAGGACCUGCCCUCAGUCCAUGUGCUUUAAUUGCCAGGAGCCAGGACAUGAUUCUAAGCAAUGCACUUACCCUCGAAGAAGCUUUCAAUAUACAUGCUUUAGAUGUAAUAUGAGAGGUCAUGAUCAGUCUAGAUGUCCUGAUAGUUGGAGACAGUUUCAUGUCACGGUAAAUCCAGAUAAAAUUCAACAGCCGGCAGUACAAACUUUAAGGAAAACACCAUCUUGUUUUAACUGUGGAGAAGAGGGACAUUUAGGACAUGAAUGUGAAGAAGACAGGAUGAAUAAGUUCCUGACUAUCUACACACCUUUUAUCUGCAGAUAUCAGACCAUGAAGGAAUUCAGUUACAAGAUGAGACUAACAGAUGAAGCUGAGGAAAGACCACUAAAAAAAUCAAGAAGUGAUAGUUGGUUGGUCAACAGAAAAGUCCAUUUAAAGCCAAAUAACCACCAUAUAUUUGGUAACAGUGAUGAAGAAAGGAAAGAUAACAUGGAUGACGGUCCUAGCAACAGAGAUGACUUUAUUAGAGGCAAAGACAAGAAAAAACCAUCCAAGUUUGCACAUAUUGUCAAAAAGAAGCCUGGACUUAAUACAGGGAGAAAUAACUUUGAUAAGAUGCAGUUUACAUUGUUGAAUGUAAGGAAGGGAGACGGUAAUGAAAGGACUGGGGUGACAACGAGGAAUAGCGAGAAUCCAAAGUCAAAUAAGAAGAAGAAAAAGAACAAGGGUGGCAAGGGAAAAAUGGAAGAUAAAAUAAAGAAAACACAGGAUAAAGGUAAAGCCAUAACAGGAUUAGAAAAAAGUAAGGACACUUGUGAUAAUGAGAUGUUCAAAAGUGGUAAGAGUUCUGGGAAAAGCGAUAAAAUGAAAACGGUGUCUUGUGAGAAAGAUGCCGAGACUGAUUUAAGCACAAAGGGCGAAACCAAACAUAGAAAUUCUGGUACCUUAGGGAAGAAAAGGAAACCUAGUUUUCAGAUAGGGACAGAGUUUAUAGAUUUGACUAUUGACAAGGAUAAAGAUGGGAGAACAUGUAAAGAAAAGAAGUGGGAGGAAACAGAAAAAAGGUUUUCCAGUGUAAGGAAUGAUAGACUAAGAUCAGAUGAUUUAUUCUCCAUGCAGAAGAUAGCUAAAUUACAAUCAAGCGGUCAGUUUGAUGUGCCAAAUGAAGAAGAAGUUGAUGUAGAUCACCAGGUACAUAACAAUGAGUGGUGGAAGAAUCAGAAGAAUAGAAAAAGGAGACAGAAUAGAAAAAGAAAUAAGCAACGUAAUCAUUUAUUGCACAAUUGAUUGUUUGUUAUGGUUAAGAAAAGAAUAAAAGUUUAAAAUCAG